AUGAAGGUUGAAGUUGAAGUAAUCUCCAAAGAGAUUAUCAAACCAUCUUCACCAACUCCUGAUCACCUUCGCACAUACCACCUCUCCUUUCUUGACCAGAUAUCUCCCCCGGUCCAUAAUCCUUUGGUCAUAUUCUAUUCCUCAGAGCCCGAUACAAAAUUCAAUAUUGUUGAUAUAUCCAAUCAGCUCAAGAAAUCCCUCUCCGAUGUCUUAACUCUAUUCUACCCACUAGCCGGACGAGCCCAUGGCAACUUGUUCAUUGAUUGCAAUGAUGAGGGCAUACCAUACUUGGAAACUCGAGUUAAUUGUCAACUCUCUCAUGUCAUCCAAAACCCAAUUCCAAGUGAACUCAACAAAUUCAUUCCAUUUCAAGUACAUGAAGUUGCUGAUCUUUCCCUUGGUGUCCAACUCAACAUCUUUGACUGUGGUGGCAUAGCUCUUGGUGCUUGCGUUUCCCACAAGAUUGCAGAUGCUUUGUCACUUUUCAUGUUCAUCAAAAGUUGGGCAGCCAUUUCCAGACAAGAAGAUGAACAUAUAGUGUGCCCCCAAUUUGUAUCAGCCACACUCUUCCCACCAAGAAACAUAUCCGGGUUUAAUCCAAGGACUGGUAUCACAAAGCAGAAUGUUGUAACAAAGAGAUUUAUCUUUGAUGCUUCAAAGAUAGAGGCUCUUAAAGCAAAAUAUAGUAUUGAUAAUUGCAGCCAAAGCUUAGAAAGCUACCAAAAACCCCCUUCUCGUGUGGAAGCUUUGUCAGCCUUCAUAUGGAGCCGCGUUGUGGCAAGCACUGAAGUGAAGUCAGAACCGGCACCCGAGAGGCUGUAUGCCAUUGUUCAUGCAGUCAACCUACGUACAAGAAUUGACCCUCCUCUGCCUGAACACUCAUUUGGAAAUCUCUACAGAAUUGCAAUGACAAUCCCAUCGCUGCAAACAGGGGAGGAGUGCUAUGGCCUCGUGAGGCAGGUGAGGGACCAAGUGAGACAAAUCGACAAACACUACGUCAGCAAACUGCAGCAGGGCAGUGAGCACUUGGAUUUCAUCAAACAGAGCUCUGAGAACUUCUUCAAGGGAGAGAUGGUGACGCUGAGCUUCACUAGUCUGUGUAGAUUUCCUCUGUAUGAAGCUGAUUUUGGGUGGGGAAAACCCACUUGGGUUGGCUCACCUCCCCUGACUUUCAAUAACUUGGUUGUUUUCAUGGACGCCAAGUCUGGUGGUGGAAUAGAAGCAUAUAUUAACAUGAAGGAAGAGGACUUGGCUAAACUUGAAGGUGACAAUGAGUUCCUUGCAUUUGUUUCUCCACAUGGGCUCAAGUGA